AUGGCGAUAACGUUGCGAAGCCACCAGGACGGCUCGUUCACUGUGGGCUUUGCACUCCACUCCGUCCACACCACCAUCACCUCCUUCAGCGCCGACGCCUUCAGGUGGCUCGUCAACCUUUACUGCCGCCACCCCCGCUUCUCCGGCCUUGUUGUUGGCCUCGCCAUCGAGCAACGCCCCGUCCGCCCCUCCUCCACCGACCAGCGCACGGUCGCCGUCCUCCAGCUGUGCGUCGACCAGCAAUGCCUCAUCUUCCAGGUCGUCCUCGCCGACCGGAUCCCCUUCUUCCUCGUCAGUCUCCUCAACUGCCGCACCUGCCGCUUCGUGAGCAUGGACGCCGCAGCGGUCGCCAACCGGCUGCGCAAUGAGUACGGGCUCGCGGUGAGGAACGCGGUGGAUCUCGGAGAAUUGGCGGCGGAGCGGAUGGGCCGGGCCGAUCUGCGGCGGGCGAACGUUUGGUUGCUGGCGCGGGAGGUGGCAGGGAUAGAGGCGAAUACUGGCGCUGUGACAAGCCGGUGGGAUCAGCCCGAUCUGUCGAUGAACCAGAUCGUGAAAGCGUCUGCCGAUGCCUUCCUGGCGUUGGAGGUCGGGAGACGGCUGCUCCAGUAG